AUGUUAAAGCGGCGACAUCCAUGAAAUUGUAGGUAAAUCGGUCUAACAGAAUGAAGUCGGAAUACUCUCAGGAGAGCCACGCUCACACACAGAGAACUAAACCCCCUCACAUACCUAAAGUUAAAGUGCAGAGCAGAGAGAUACAUCAGUUCAGUGACACCUCAGCGGAAGAUGGUGCUCUUACUUUCAGCGGUGUGUUUCGUAUUAUCAUGCCUCGGUAGUUUAACUGAGGCGAACUCGACGCAUUUACCGAGGAUGACGUUAACAGCCAAAGAAAUUGGGGCUAAAAGGUCACCUUUACCUGGACAACAUGUACCUGUAUGGAUUCUCCUGAAAGAACAGCCGGACACUGUCACAGUUGCUGGACCAACACACCUGUAUUCAUACAACUUUCAAUACCCUCAGGAAGUAACUCUUGUAAAAAGGAAGUUGUUGUGGCAGGGAUGCACUGACAGUGCUCCACAUAAGGACUGUAACUACAGAAUCACUGUGGCCCACGAGAGGGAGGAGGCAGACAAGGUGUUUGUGUGUGGAACCAAUAGUUGGAAAACGUCAUGCUGUGAUAUGAAUUUAUCAGAGAUGUCAGCCACAUGCAAUUCCUCUAAGAAAGUGGAGAACAUACAUGGAAGCGUAAAGGAAUUUAACAUAAAGGAGGGUGAAUCAUCUGCUUUUGUGGAAUCAGCAGAAAGUGCCCAGCUCUACAUUACAAACUCUGGAUCUCGAGAGAAUGUUGGCAUCCACAAGUUUGGAAAAGACAGAGUUGGACCAGCAAACCAUAAUAAAGAGCAGUACUAUGUAGGUUUGAUGCUCAGCAGACAGAGAGACAAUCCCUCACAGGACAAAGUUUAUGCUUUCUAUAAGGAGAAAAACAGAGACACGGGCUUCCACAGCGACAUGUGGCUCCCAUUUGUGACCCGGGUUUGUAUGUCAGAUACUGGUGGUCCCAAGAACAACCUGCAGUUUAGCUGGACGUCCCAGAUGAAUGCAAGGCUCUUCUGCGGAGACUCUAGCAGCAGACAGCAUUUCUCUGAACUGGUAGAUGUAGCCACUGUGCAUGCAGACCGGUGGCAGGAUACCAGGGUUUAUGCACUCUUCAGAAAUGAAUGGGGUAUGAGUGCUGUGUGUGUCUAUACUAUAGAGGAUAUAGACAACAUCUUCAGGAACUCUCUAUUUAAAGACUUCAGCUCAACCAACCAAAAGUCCAGGCCCAGGGAGUGUGUUUCAGACAGCACAAAGAUUCCCGUAGACGUCAUGAGGGUGAUCGAGAAGACUUCAGAGAUGGAGGAUUGUGUCCAACCUGUGAACAAGUCGGCCCCAAUUCUUUUUAAUCACCACAAUUACACUCACAUCUACGCCGACAGUUCCCGGCAGAAGAGGAGCGAUCAUGACACAGUUCUGUUUCUGUCACUAAAUAAUGGAGGAAUUCAUAAAGUGAUGCAGACUAAAAGUCAGGCCUUUGUCAUCGCUGAGUAUCGCCCUUUUGACAGCCCAACACACAUCCAGAACAUCAUCCUUCAUGCCUCAUCUAGUAAGCUGUAUGUGCGCUCCAGAAGUGAACUGGUCCAAGUGGACGUGGCAAACUGUGCAAACUAUGGAGACAGCUGUCAGGACUGUGUCUUAGCCAGAGACCCUUACUGCGGCUGGAACGGCACCCACUGUACCCCUGAGACACAGGACACACUGCAGGAUUUGGCCGCAGGGAACUACACCAUCUGCAAUGUUCAACCUGAAAAAGCUUUCAGAUAUUCGGGUGUAGCACGUAGAGCCGAGAACAGCAUCACUCUUCCCUCUCAGUCCAAGUAUUUCCUCCAGUGUCCGGUGUCGUCCCAUCAUGCCCAGUACACCUGGCAUCACAACAAACACUCCACAUCCUGCAGGUCGAAGGAUCAGGAAUGCCUGUUUCUGAUCGACAGCAUGAGUCCCAAAGAUGUGGGGACUUACCGCUGUGUGUCAGAGGAGUUGGGAUACAGUAAGGAGCUGGUUAAGUUGAAUCUAGAGUUGGAGAGCAGGGCGAUGGGCCGAUUAUCAAGCCCACUGGUCUGGGUUUGUCUCAUGGCUGCUCUCAUUAAGAAUUUGUCCUGAUAUGAUUCCAAUGAAAAAUGAUGAAUAAUAACAUGAAUUAAAGUCAAACCCUUUUUAUGAUAGGUAUAUUAUAACUAGGGCUGCAACGUUGUGACCAAAAAUGAAAAGCUUUUAUUUUGUAGUAAUUUAACUUAAAAAAAAAAAUUGCUGUACUUUUAUGUAAACAAUCAGUAUCAGUGUCGUUUUAAAUUAAAAAUUUAUACGUUUUAAUGCUUAUAGAUUGCUGGCAAGACUGAAUCAUCUGUUGCCUCUGUACUUGAAAGAAUAGGCUUUAUAUCAGCCUGUUCAAUAAAAAAAAUUAGAAAAUGUUUGUAAAAGCUCAAAUGUCCCUCUUUUUGGCAUAACUGAGUCCUGAAAAUGCCACUGCACUUGGUGUCUCAGUAUUUAUGUGUACAUAAACGGCAGAAUGUACAUGCGCAAUAAUUCCUAAAAUUUCAAGACACAUCCACCCUUCCAUUAGCUAUGCCACUUAUUUCUGCCUUUGAGGGUCAAAGAUGGCUGGAGCCAGUCCCAGCUGACAUUGGGCGAGAGAGGCAGGGUACACCCUGGACAGGUUGUCAGUCUGUCACAGGGCUGACAUAGAGACAACCAACCAUUCACACUCACAUUCACACCCACCUGGGCUAAUUUAUAGUCACCAAUUAACUUGCAUGAGUUCAGACUGUGGGAGGAAACCCACACAGGCACAGGGAGAAUAUGCAAAAGCCCCCAGCGACAGUGCUAAUCACUGUACCACUAUGUCGCCCCAGUAUUAUUACAUUAUUUAUUAUUAUUACAUUCAUUAUUACGAAAAGGACCUACAGUAUCUGUUUGUUUGUUUGCUAUGACACCAGAAAAAAAUGUAGUUAAAAAAAUUAAAUGUUGUCAUAGAGAUUGAGCAAGAAGACAUAUAGAGUUACAACUUUGAAAUUGGGUUAAACUGAACUGUGUGUAAACAGCUGUUAAAUGACCUUCAGUAGUUUUAGAAAAGUUUCCAGAGAUUCUCUUUCAGAAAACCAGAUGCUUUGCCACAAAGUAAUGAUACUCUACAUGAGUCCAGGUACAAAGGGGGCAAAGGUGCAGCAUGCAGGAAACCUGUGUUGGGUAACCUGAAAUAUACUGAAACUAGAUUCAUACAUGUAGAACAACAACUCAAGAAAUGAAAUAUGAUAGCAGCAUGAUAUUCAAUGAUUUCAUUUUAGCUUUUGGUAAACCUGUAAGUGUUUUGCACCCGGUUCCUUUAAAUGUGAAAUUCUGUCGCACUUUUCUAUUCGCAGAUUCUCUAUCUAUCUACCUCAGACUUGCUUCGCAGGUUUUGUGUUACAAGAGUUUCUGUUUGUCAAGACUUCUGCUAAUGGAGUAGAAGGUAACAUGCUCACAUUCUGAAAUACUGCUGUGAUGUUGAAAGCGUAAAGUUGAUACAUCCUCUUUGUAGCUGUGCUUAUUUUUAGUGAAAGAAAAGUUAAGAUGCAGAUGGAUGCAAAUGUGAACCUGAGGGUGUCUGCGACGUGUUAUAUUGUGAAUUCUCUGAGUUUAUGAAGCCUUUGCUCUUUUCAGUGGUUGUCCAAGCAGGAAGUGAGCACUUUACAUGUUUUUGGUGUUGUGGUGUGUUGAUAUAAUAUAUGAUGGUGACUGUUAACAUGUUCCUUCUUUAAUGUCAUUUUUUUGUGUAAAUCUGUGAAUAAAUUGGUACUUACUGAUCAUUUUAGGUAGUUUAUAGAUUAUACAACAUAAGUCCUUGUGCUUGAGCUUUGUGAUGCUGAAUAUAUUGUUGUAAACUAAGAAAACGGAAAUUGAAAAUAUCUUUGCAGAAUUUUGCUUUUCAUAUAAAAGCAAAUCAGUUUUCAUCCUGCAGCGUAGUAACAGUUUGUAAUAUUGUAGGAGUUCAGUCCUUAUAGCUGACUAGAUCUGCAGCUGUAAUAUUAUAUGUGACUUCUGCAUGCAUCACUUUUAACAGAAACUGCACCUCUUACAGUAAUUAAAAAGAAAAAGAAAAAAAAGA